AUUGCAAAACCUCUUUUGUAUUGUAGAAAAACUGGGAGCGCACAAAGCCCAAAUUAAAUAAAUUUUUCGCAUCGCCAAACAUCAAAAAUAAAAAUAAAUUUUGAAAAAAUCACAAAAUUGUAUGGAAACCUAUCUGAUAUAUCAGUAAGAAAGUACAUCGAUUGGAUUUGACAACAUGGAUGAUCUCUUUGAUGUCUUUAACGAGGCUCCAACUACUACUCCCGUAGUGGUGCCCGAGGUUGAAGGGACCAUUCAAGAGAAGGUUGAUGUAAAUAAUACCAAAAAGAGACAAGCAUCGGAAGAACCAAGUUCUGAAGAUGCAGCUCCAGUCGACAAGAAGAAAUCAAAGAAAGGCAAACAAGAUAUCAAAGCUGUGGUGUAUGAUUCGGUUGAGAUUGAAGCUUCUAGAGAAGUUGCUGCUUCAGAGGGUUUAAUGGCAGAUCCAUCUGCGACUAAGACUGAAGGUGGACAAUUAAAAUUAAGACAUCAAGUUAGACAUCAAGUGGCUGUUCCACCAGAUUUCCCAUAUGUUCCUAUUGGUGAACAUAAAAGAGUAAAUGAUGCCAGAACUUAUCCAUUCGUAUUGGAUCCUUUCCAAGAUACCGCCAUUUCAUGUAUUGAUCGUGGUGAAUCGGUAUUAGUAUCUGCACAUACUUCAGCUGGUAAAACAGUUGUUGCUGAAUAUGCUGUUGCUCAAUCGUUAAGAGAAAAACAAAGAGUCAUUUAUACUUCUCCCAUUAAAGCUUUAAGUAAUCAAAAAUAUAGAGAAUUAUUAGCUGAAUUUGGUGAUGUGGGUUUGAUGACAGGGGAUGUUACUAUAAAUCCUGAUGCCGGUUGUUUAGUUAUGACUACUGAAAUUUUACGUAGUAUGUUAUACAGAGGUUCAGAAAUCAUGAGAGAAGUGGCAUGGGUUAUCUUUGAUGAAGUUCAUUAUAUGAGAGAUAAAUCAAGAGGGGUGGUUUGGGAAGAAACUAUAAUUUUAUUACCGGAUAAGGUCCGUUAUGUUUUCCUUUCAGCUACAAUUCCUAAUGCUAUGGAAUUUGCUGAAUGGAUUGUGAAGAUUCAUGCUCAACCAUGCCAUGUGGUUUAUACUGAUUUCCGUCCAACUCCAUUACAACAUUAUUUAUUCCCUGCUGCUGGUGAUGGUAUUCAUUUAGUGGUAGAUGAAAAGGGAACUUUCAGAGAAGAAAAUUUCCAAAAGGCUAUGGCUUCUAUCAGUGAUAAUGUUGGUGAUGAUCCAGCAUCAGCUGAUAAAACUAAAGGUAAAAAGGGUCAAACUUUCAAAGGUGGUAAAGAUGGUAAAUCAGAUAUUUAUAAAAUUGUUAAAAUGAUUUAUAUGAAAAGAUAUAAUCCUGUCAUUGUUUUCUCAUUUUCCAAAAGAGAUUGUGAAUCAUUAGCUUUAAAAAUGUCUAAAUUAGAUUUCAAUACUGAUGAUGAAAGAGAUGCAUUAACUAAAAUUUUCCAAAAUGCUGUUGAUUUAUUACCUGAAGCUGAUAAAGAAUUACCUCAAAUUAAAAAUAUCUUACCUUUAUUAAGAAGAGGUAUUGGUAUCCAUCAUUCUGGUUUAUUACCAAUUUUAAAAGAAAUCAUUGAAAUUUUAUUCCAAGAAGGGUUAUUAAAAGUUUUAUUUGCUACUGAAACUUUCUCAAUUGGGUUAAAUAUGCCUGCCAAAACUGUGGUGUUUACUUCAGUCCGUAAAUGGGAUGGUGUGGGUUUCAGAUGGGUUUCUGGUGGUGAAUAUAUUCAAAUGUCAGGUAGAGCUGGUCGUCGUGGUUUAGAUGAUCGUGGUAUUGUCAUUAUGAUGAUUGAUGAAAAGAUGGAACCUCAAGUUGCUAAAGGUAUGGUUAAAGGUCAAGCUGAUAGAUUAGAUUCUGCUUUCCAUUUAGGAUAUAAUAUGAUUCUUAAUCUUAUGAGAGUCGAAGGUAUUUCACCUGAAUUCAUGUUGGAAAGUUCAUUUUUCCAAUUUCAAAAUGCUGCAUCAGUUCCAGUUAUGGAAAAGAAUCUUCAAGAAUUAUCGGAUAAAUUAGUUACCACUCAAAUUGAUGAUGAAGCUACUGUUAAAGAUUAUUAUGAUCUUAAAUUACAAUCUGAAAAAUAUCAAGAAGAAGUAAGAUAUGUUAUAACACAUCCAGGUCAUAUUUUACCAUUUUUACAAGAAGGUAGAGUUGUUAAAGUUAAAAUUGGUAAAUUAGAUUAUGGAUGGGGUAUGGUUACUGCAUUUUCAAAGAGAUCUAAUAAAAGAGGUCCAUCCCAAACUUUCAAUGAUCAUGAAGCAUAUGUGGUUACUGUAUUUGUUUAUACUAUGUUUAUUGAUUCACCUGUGAAUUUGAUUAAACCAUUCAAUCCAAUGUUACCAGAAGGUAUCAGACCAGCCAAAGAAGGAGAAAGAUCAAGAGCUGAAUAUAUUCCAAUUACUCUUGAUUCAAUUGAAAAGAUAAGUAGUGUGAGGUUAAGAGUUCCAGAAGAUUUAAAAUCAUCAACAGCAAAGAAAACUUUAUUAAAAACCAUGAAAGAUUUACCUAAAAGAUUACCUGAUGGUAUACCGUUAUUGGAUCCACUUGAUAGUAUGAAAAUUAAUGAUGCCCAAUUUAAAUCAACUUUAAGAAAGAUUGAAGUAUUGGAAUCGAAAAUCCUAAGUAAUCCAUUACAUGAUUCAGUUAGAUUAAAGGAUUUAUAUGAGAAGUAUAGCGAAAAAGUUGGUAUAGAACAAAACAUGAAACAAUUGAAAGAUAAGAUAUUAGAAGCACAAGCUGUGAUUCAAUUGGAUGAUUUAAGACAUAGAAGAAGAGUAUUAAGAAGAUUAGGAUUCACUACUCAAAAUGAUAUUAUUGAAUUAAAAGGUAGAGUAGCUUGUGAAAUUAGUUCUGGUGAUGAAUUAUUAUUAACUGAAUUGAUUUUCAAUGGUACAUUUAAUGAUUUAACCUGUGAGCAAUGUGCUGCGUUAUUAUCAUGUUUUGUAUUUCAAGAAAAGGCUAAGGAAGUUCCAAGACUUAAACCUGAAUUAGCUGAACCAUUAAAAUCAAUGCAAGAUAUGGCCACUAAACUUGCUAAAGUUUAUAAAGAAUCGAAAAUUGAAUUGGUUGAAAAAGAUUAUGUUGAAUCGUUCAGACCAGAAUUAAUGGAAGUCACUUAUGCAUGGUGUAAAGGUGCCUCAUUCACGCAAAUCUGUAAGAUGACAGAUGUUUAUGAAGGUUCACUUAUCAGAAUGUUUAAGAGAUUAGAAGAAUUGAUUCGUCAAUUAGUCUCUGCCGCAAAGACCAUUGGUAACAGUGAAUUAGAAGAAAAGAUGGACAAGGCUAUAGAAUUAGUCCAUAGAGAUAUCGUGUCUGCUGGUUCAUUGUAUCUUUAGACAAGCCACAUUAGCUACCCCUAUCGUGUAUAUUAAAAUAAACAUAAAUUUUGUAUAAAUUUGUAUAAUCAUGAAUGUGAAAAUUUAAAAGUAGGCGCAAAAUUUGGGAUCUUU